AUGGCAGGCACGAGGGUUCGUUCAACCAAGGUCAGCGUAAGUGACGGUAGACAUUCCAUCCCAAUUGACACAAACGCUAACACUCCGCUUCUAGAAUACGGAAAAGGGUUUGGUGACUCCACCGGCACCUCCUACGGUGGCGGAGGUGCAGGGUACGGGGAUUUCUCAGGCGCCGCACAACACGCGGCGCAGCACGCUGGUGACUCCGGCGACCAGAGCAUGUUCAGUAACGUCCUCGGCAUGAUGCAGGGUAAGCACCAACAGUUUGCCAACGAUGACAUCGACGAGCAGCACAUGGUGCAGCAACAUCAACAGUUCUAUGGUGGUGGAGGCGGUGGACAACAAGCUUCACCCAACAGCAUGGGCUCUGCGGCAGCGAUGCAGGCGCUGAAAAUGUUCGGCCAAGGUGGAAGCUCCGGUGGCGGAACCAGCCAGAAUGCGUUCGUCGGCAUGGCCAUGGGUCAGGCGGCUAAACUGUUCGAUCAACAGAGCGCUCAGGGCAAUGUCGCUGGUGGAUCGAAGCAGGAUGCUGUCCAGUCGGCUGCACAGAUGGCCAUAAAGAUGUUUAUGAAGUCCCAAAUGGGCGGUGGUGGUGGGUCAUCCGGCGCAGGCGGCUUGAUGUCGCUGGCCAGCAAGUUCCUAUAA